AUGGAAUUUAAUAGUGUUAAUAAAUCGUCAAACGAAGGUGGAAACGUAUGGAGUGCCGGUUCUCGUGGGUCACGUGGAGGUUUCGCUCGGUCAGAUAAUGAUAAUGAUGAUGGUGCAAGAGGAGGUGGAUCAUAUCGCAAUAAUUAUCCAAGACGAGGCAAUGGUGGUGGUUAUGGAUUUCGUCGCAAUGAUAAUGAUAAUGAAGAAAUAGAGAUACUUAAAGAUGCAAUAUUUAUCCAAAAUUUACCAAAAGAUAUUACUCGAGAAGACAUUCAAGAUGCUUUUUCAACUGUAGGACCAAUAAAAACGGAUGAACGAUCAGGUGGUCCAAAAAUCUGGAUCUAUAAAGAUCGUAUGACUGGUGAAGGCAAUGGUCGCGCCACAGUAACAUAUGACGAUGAAGAUACUGCAAAUAAGGCUAUUACAGAAUAUAAUGAUCAACAUAUUGAUUGUAUUAAUUCUGUUGUUCGUGUUCAACUUGCUCAACGUCGUAUUCGCAAUAAUGAUAACAAUGGCCGCGGUGGCUUUCAAAAUAAUCGAGGUUUUCGUGGAGGUCGAAGUAAUUGGAAUAAUAAUCAAUCAGGUUCGGAUUUUAAUUCAGCUGGAAAUAAUCGCUGGAAUAACAGUAGAGGCGGCGGCUUCCGCGGCAGAGGAAGUGGCGACCGUGGUGGUGGUGGUGGUUCAUAUCGUGGUGGUCGAGGAAAUUCGUAUCGUGGUGCAAGCCGUGGUGGUGGCGACUCACCAAACUAUUGA